AUGUUGACGCUCGGCCUCUCCAGUGAGCCACUCCGUAAAGGAGCCACCGGGAGCCACCUGCAGAAGUUCACGGUGCGGCCAGAGAGCGUGGAGGUGGUGGAGGGCGGGGACGUGCUGCUGACCUGCGUAGUGGAGAACCAGCAGGGGAAGGCACAGUGGACGAAGGAUGGUUUUGCUCUAGUACGCAGGGGAGGCGGCGCGGGGGAGCACCACCUGGCCAUCACGGGCGCCACACUCACGGAGGACGGGGAGUACCAGUGCCAAGUGGGGCCGACCAGUGUCAGCCCUCCCAUCUGGGCCGCCGCCAACGUCACCGUCAUUUUGCCUCCGUCAGGGGUGAGCAUCGUGGGGUGGGGUGACGGCGCGCAGGUGGAGGUGCUGGCGGGGACUUCCCUCAACUUGGACUGCGAGGUGCUAGGUGGCCGCCCCGCCCCCCGCGUUGCCUGGAUGAGGGGCGGCGCUCCCCUACCGCCAGAACUUCAGGACGACAGCACGCGGGUGUCGUCAGAACCCCGCCGUUGGGACACCAGGAGCCGGCUUACAGUGAACACCUUGCCAGCAGAUGACGGGGUGCCCUAUACCUGCCGGGCACUCCACCCCACCCUGGCAUCCCCCGCCACGCUCAUCCCCAACGCCCCCUCCCAGCCGUCCCCCAUGGAAGCCACCGUCACCCUCUCUGUUCUGCGUGAAUCCCCCGGGGCCACCAAUCAUCACAGGCUACACCCCGGGAGAGGUGGCCGUGGCGGGGGAGCGGCGCACCAUCACCUGUACCUCCAAGGGGGGAACCCGAGGCCCUGGGUGUUGUGGUACAGAAAUGGGAACCUUCUGGAUGAUACUACCACUACCUCGUCCUUCCUCUCCUCCUCUUCUGAUGGCGGGCAAGAGGAGGUGGGCGUGGCCAAGGUGGUAGUGAAUGCCCAUGAGUUGGUCCUCACCCCGCAGGAGGAUACCGCCCUUCUGGAGUGUCGUGUGUCUAAUGAUCUCCUGAAGGAACCGCUUGUGGCCAAUGUGACGCUGACGGUGUACUACGCCCCUGCCAGUGUCUCCAUCCGCGGCCCUGCUCAGGUGGGCGCCGGGGACACACUGAACCUUACCUGCGAAACUAGUGACUCCAACCCCCCUGCCUCUAUCACCUGGACUCUGCAAGGCGAGGUGGUGGAGAACAGCAAGUCGGUGGUGGCCAAGGACGGCGCGGGGGGCUGGGUGACCUCCUCCCGGGUGAGCCAGCGGGUGGAUAGCGCCGCCGUGAGUCCGCUGAGGGUGGAGUGCCGUGCCCUUAAUCCAGCGGUGGAGCAAGUCAUCAGGAGAACCACCACUAUUACUGUUACCCGUCCCGCGGGCCCCCCUGUGUUUCAAGAUUGA